UAUGCUUCGAACGUUUUUUCGUGAAACGAAUUUAUAACUUUUCGAAAGUCGACGGAAUUUUCAUCGUACAGACAGCGAGAGCAGAAUGGCUGAUCAACUCACAGAGGAACAGAUUGCUGAAUUCAAAGAAGCAUUCUCACUGUUUGACAAGGAUGGAGAUGGUACAAUCACCACAAAGGAACUGGGAACAGUAAUGAGGUCUCUUGGACAAAACCCAACAGAAGCAGAACUUCAGGAUAUGAUCAAUGAAGUGGAUGCAGAUGGUAAUGGAACAAUUGAUUUCCCUGAGUUUCUCACCAUGAUGGCAAGGAAAAUGAAAGAUACCGACAGUGAAGAGGAAAUCAAGGAGGCUUUCCGAGUGUUUGACAAAGACGGCAAUGGUUUCAUCAGUGCUGCUGAGUUGCGACAUGUUAUGACAAACCUGGGAGAGAAACUCACAGAUGAAGAAGUGGACGAGAUGAUCAGGGAAGCAGAUAUCGAUGGCGACGGACAAGUCAAUUAUGAGGGUAAUGGAACAAUUGAUUUCCCUGAGUUUCUCACCAUGAUGGCAAGGAAAAUGAAAGAUACCGACAGUGAAGAGGAAAUCAAGGAGGCUUUCCGAGUGUUUGACAAAGACGGCAAUGGUUUCAUCAGUGCUGCUGAGUUGCGACAUGUUAUGACAAACCUGGGAGAGAAACUCACAGAUGAAGAAGUGGACGAGAUGAUCAGGGAAGCAGAUAUCGAUGGCGACGGACAAGUCAAUUAUGAGGAAUUUGUGAAGAUGAUGACAUCAAAGUAAACAUCUGAACUUAUGCCAGAUUUGUCGACCUUCAGAAGCCAUUUUGGUGUAUUAUACUUCAUGUAACACUCAACCAGGAGUGCAUCAUCACCUUUGGUCCUAUAAUGACAGUGUGUGUAGAUAGCACGGAACAACUUCAAAAGUGAAGAGUUCAAUAUUUGCUAGAAACUCUCCUCUUGUGCUGUACUAUAUUUCCAGUCAUUUGUGUUUAUAAUUUAUUGUCAGACUUGUUUUGUUGGAGCAUUAAAGGGCCACUAUAAGAAGAUUA